CAGAAACUAGAAAAUCACGAAACACAAGGCGAAAUGGAAAAUCAAAAUCUGGAAGAGAAAACGCAUCCCCAACGCAGGGUUAGUUUUGGCAUUAAGAUCCCUUCUUCAACCAAACCCACCCUGUCUUUUCUUUUACGACCCCAAAUCCCAAAUCAAAUCAUUCACUCUUUCCCUUUUUUUCAAACCCUAACUUUCCUUUCCCUUCCAAACCCAACAAUCCCCCACGCGCUAGUGCAAUCCACGCAGUUUCUCGAAUCUUCCGUAAUUGAUUUCGUCUUAUCGUGAUUUUUUGUAUCAUCAAUAGGUCCAUUCAAUGGCGAAGGGCGCCGAUUCCGACGAGUUCGUUGUGCUUUCUAGGGUUCGUACGGGUCUCAAGAGGGAGUUCGCAUUCGCCAUGAAGGCCCAAUCUGAGAUCUGCGGCGGCUCUCUGGGCCGAACGCGGGCCAGCAAGAACCGGGUCGAGGCCCCGGUUCAGCCCCCCUCGGCCCGGAAAAGGUCGAGGAAGUCCGAGGAGGCGAAAACCUUGGAGGAUGCUAUGAGCGAGGAAGAGGUCAAGAGCGACGUGGUGGAUCUUCAGAGCGAUGAUGAACCUAAGAAUAAUAAUCACGUGGGAGAAUCAGAAUCCGCGGCAAUGCAGGUUUGUGAGGAGGAACCCAAGAGUGACGUGGUGCUAGAGACUCUUAUCAGCGAAGAGCAACCGAAGAUGUUAGAACCUGAAUCUGUUAUCAGCGAAGAGGAACCGAAGGUGUUGGAUGAUGUUAUCAAUGAAGAGGAAGCGAUUGUGGCCGAGACGUUGAAGGAACAGGAACCUAUUGUGCCUGAGACAUUGAAGGAAGAGGUUGUGGAUGAGAUGGCAGAACAACCCCUUUGUAUAGAGGAAUCGGAGGAGAAAGAUUCUAAUGGGGUUGCCCUAGCUUUGGUUAAUGAUGGUGCUAAGGGGAAGAAGAGCAUGAAGAAGCGGUUGGAGAGACCUCAAUCGGAGAGAAGGUUUACGCGGUCGGCAUUGAAGGUAAAAUCCGAGGAAACAAACGAUGGGGAACAUGUUGGUGUGGCUGGAAUUAGUGAUGGUGUUAAGAGGGAAACUGAAGCUGGGGCUUCGUUGGUAAUGACUACUCCUAGUUCGGUGAAGUUUUCGAAUAGAGGGAAACUGAAGAAGUUUCCUGCCAAGUUGAGGGAUCUUCUGGCAACAGGGAUUCUUGAGGGGCUGCCAGUGAUGUACAUGAAGGGAGUGAAGGCAGGUUGGAAAGACGGGGAAAAGGGGCUUCAAGGAGUGAUUCAAGACUCUGGUGUUUUGUGCUUUUGUAAGAUUUGUAAGGGGGUUGAGGUUGUCACACCCACUGUGUUUGAGCUGCAUGCUGGCAGUGCAAACAAGCGGCCCCCUGAGUAUAUUUACAUCCAUGAUGGGAAUAGUGGAAAAACCCUCCGUGAUGUCAUGAAUGCCUGCUGCUGUUGCGAUUUUCCAUUGGAGUCCAUGGAUGAGGCUGUCCAAAAGCUCCUUGGUGACUUCACUAUGAAGAAAUCUUCCAUCUGUUUGAACUGCAGAGGGGCAUGCAAGGGUGUGUCAAGGCUAGUAUGUGAUUCAUGCUUAGUAAGCCCCGCUCAAACAGCCGUGGCUAGCAACAAAGGAAUUUCACAACCAGUUCAACCCAGAUCACCAGAACCAGUUGUGAUUCAAAAAUCAUUAGACAAUGAAGUGCAGCCAAAUUCAUUACACAAUGAGGUGCAGCCAAAUAAAUUAGACACUGGGAUGCAGCCAAACUCAUUAGACAAUGGCAUGGAGCCAGAUUCACUAAACAAUAGUAUGAAGCCAAAAUCGUUUAGCAAUGGGAUGAAGCACAGUGCAUCUCGUGGUAAGAGUCAGGGAAGACUAACUAGGAAGGAUUUGCGCUUGCAUAAGUUGGUAUUUGAAGCAGAUGUUUUGCCAGAUGGAACUGAACUAGCCUACUAUGCUCAUGGACAGAAACUGUUGGUUGGUUACAAAAAGGGAUAUGGAAUUUUUUGUACCUGCUGCAAUGAGCAGGUCAGUGCCUCUCAGUUUGAAGCUCAUGCUGGCUGGGCAUCUCGACGCAAACCUUACCUGCACAUAUACACAUCUAAUGGAAUCUCUCUCCAUGAGUUGUCCAUCUCUUUAUCAAAAGAUCAUAGGAGGUUUUCCAACAAUGACAAUGAUGAUCUCUGCAUCAUAUGUGAAGAUGGAGGGGAUCUUCUGUGUUGUGAUGGAUGCCCUAGAGCUUUUCACAUAGAUUGUGUCCCUUUACCAUGCAUUCCUAGUGGUACUUGGUAUUGUAAGUAUUGCCAGAAUGUUUUCCAGAAAGACAGGCAUGGGCAACACGAGGUGAAUGCUCUGGCAGCUGCAGGAAGGAUUGCAGGCCCUGAUAUUUUGGAACUGAUGAACAAAAGAUGCAUUCGUGUUGUCAGAACUUUAGAAGUUGACCAUGGUGGAUGUGCCUUGUGCAGUCGUCCCAAUUUCAGUAAAAGCUUUGGUCCUCAGACAGUAAUUAUUUGUGAUCAGUGUGAGAAAGAAUAUCAUGUUGGAUGUUUGAAGGAUCAUAACAUGGAGAACCUAGAGGAAUUGCCUGUUGGAAAUUGGUUCUGUAGUGGAAAUUGCAGUCAAAUUCAUACUGCUCUGAUGGAUCUGGUGGCUUCUAAGGAGAAGGAUGUCCCAGAUCCCCUUCUAAAUUUGAUUAAAAAGAAGCAUGAAGAGAAAAGUUUAGACAUUGGAGCUGGUCUUGAUGUUAAAUGGAGGGUUAUAAACUGGAAGUUAGAUUCCGAUUCUGUUGAAACUAGGAAAUUGCUUUCAAAAGCUGUUGCCAUUUUCCAUGAGAGGUUUGAUCCUAUAGUUGAUUCAACAUCUGGCCGUGAUUUCAUUCCUGCAAUGUUAUUUGGAAGGAACAUUCGUGGUCAGGAUUUUAGUGGAAUAUACUGUGCAGUGCUUACUGUCAAUGGGGAUAUCGUGUCUGCUGGAGUAUUUCGUGUCUUUGGGUUAGAAAUAGCUGAGCUUCCAUUGGUGGCGACAACUGCUGAUCAUCAAGGACAGGGUUAUUUUCAGUGCCUGUUUUCUUGUAUUGAGACGCUACUUGGAUCUUUAAAUGUGAAAAACCUUGUCCUACCAGCUGCUGAUGAAGCUGAAUCAAUAUGGACUGGUAAAUUUGGCUUUACAAAGCUACCUCAAGAUGAGAUAAACAAAUAUAAGAAAUUUUAUCGCAUGAUGAUAUUUCAAGGGACCUCAGUGUUACAGAAGCCUGUUGCUGAAGCACUCUGAAGUACUUUCUAGCUGGAGUUUGUGUAAAGUUUUUUGGAGGGCCCCGUAUGCAAUAGACUUCUUUUUCUUGGUUGUUUUGAUGGGUGCAGAUCACAGGCGGUUUAGUAUGUACAGGGAUCUGCCUUUUUUGGUGUACAGAAAAACUGACAACCACCUCUAGCUGUUAUUUGUUUUCUUAGCAAAGGAAUGAAAGGGGGAUAGAGUUGAAAAUAGAGGAAAGCUAGGACAAGGGGAUUUUGUGAAACUAGCCAAAAUUUUGGUUAAUGUUAUAAUUCAUUUAUUAUUGACCAAAUUGGUUUUAACCUCCUGUUUAUAGUGUAGUGAUUUUCCUUUUCCUUGCA